UGACGCCGGUUUGUUUUGACGGCCGGGUGACACACGUUUGCUACUUCCUUCUCCACUAAUCAAAAGAAAAAUAAAAUUAAAACAAUGUGUUUUUAAUCUUUUUAAAAUGAAGAAUUGUUGAAAUUUCUUAGUAUAUUGUUAUAUUGCUUAUUUAACUCAGUAAUCUUUUUUAGAAUAAUGUUUUUGCGCCCCUUUAUGAUGAAUUUCCAGAGUCUUUUACUUACAUUAUUUAUUGUUCUAAGCUGUUCCCAAGAUUCAAGAGCCAAACACAAAGGGAAAUCCGUUACAACACUAUUAGAUGCGAAGUGGGAGCAAACCCCAUUGAUAUUAGAGAUAGCAGAGUUCCUAGCAGAUGAGAAUACAGAAUUAUAUUGGAAUUUUAUAGACAAUAUCUCUAAGCUCAGUUCUACACUUAGUCAGAUUGAAAAUGAUAAAAAGAAAUAUGAUGUAUUACUUCAAGAGGCAGCAAAACUACUGACCCCAUCUCAACUUUCAAUAUUAAAGUUCAGCUUAUCAUUGCACAUUUAUUCCCCAAAGGUGCAAAUGUUUAAGCAGAUAGCAACAGAGUUGCAUUUACCAAACUGCGACUGCAUAGCGGAUGUGGGAGGACAAACUAGCUGUGAUUUAGGUGCUAUUAAACAACUUAUAGAACAGCAAACAGUGGUUAAAAAUCCUGAUCUCUUUAACUUGGAUAUACACUAUCCUGGAUCUGCCAACCGAAGUCUUGCUGUGGUGUUGUAUGGAGAACUUGGAACUCCAUGUUUUGCUCAAUUUCAUCAGUUACUGAAGGAAGAAGCUAUUGCAGGGCUCAUAGAUUAUGUCAUAAGACAUUUUCCUCAGGAAAACUCUAACCAAAGAUUAAGACUGUCAGGUUAUGGAGUGGAGCUUCAAAUGAAAUCUACAGAGUACAAAUCCCAAGAUGAUAGUGAAGUGAAGGGAGACAAAGAAUCUGCAGAAACUUCACAGGAAGACGAAGACAGUGAAAUUGAAGGAUUUGACUUUUCUAAGUUAAAGAAAUUAUAUCCUGAUGUAAAGAAAAAUUUGGACAAGUUUAAACAGCAUUUAGAAGAUUCCUCUAAUGAAUUAGCUGCCUUGAAAGUUUGGCAGUUUCAAGAAUUAAGUCUGCAGGCCGCAGAAAGAAUUAUGAAUGCCCCUAAGGAUGAAGCAUUAAAGGUUUUUACAAAUAUUGCACAGAAUUUUCCUAUGCAGGCUAGAGGUUUGCUAAAGACGGUAGUAAACCCCGACUUAAAGAAGGAAAUGAAGAUUAACUCUGAGAUAUUCGCCUCUACCCUUAACCUACAACCGUCUGACACUGCCCUGUUUGUUAAUGGCAUGUUUUAUGAUAUCGAUGUUGUUGAUAUUUAUACUUUAUUAGAGGUCCUUAGGCAGGAACUAAAGACUAUGGAAGGUUUACAUUCAUUGGGAUUAAGCAACGAAAAGUUGCGGUCUCUUCUUCACCUAGAUUUUAGUGAUAGCGGUCAAUCCGAGUUCGCCAUCGAUAUUCGUGACUCGGCAGUAAAUUGGCUUAAUGAUAUUGAACUAGAUAAUAAAUACCGAUAUUGGUCGAGUAGUCUAAUGGAUUUGCUUAGGCCCACAUUUCCUGGAAUGUUGAGGCAAAUUAGGAAGAACUUGUAUAAUUUAGUCUUAGUAAUUGAUCCGACGGAUAAAAACAUUCGACCUCUGCUAAAAAUCGUCGAAUCUUUCGUUGUCCACGCCACACCAAUCAGAGUAGGUCUCGUUUUCGACGUCGAUCCCUCCAAAUCCAAGAACGGUCUCCAAGACGCAGGCAUUGCCAUGUUGUGCGCUUUCAAUUACGUCACUCAGGCCAAAGAUUCGACUGCCGCCUAUGCUUUUUUGACGUCUGUUAUGUCUGCUAGUGAUGGAGAGAAGGUUACAGUCGCUGAUGUUAAAAAGAAGCUUAUGGCGGAGUUUAAUGAUGAUCCAGAUGAUAUUUUGGGUGAGGAUUCGGACUAUGAUUUUGGAAGGCAACUGGCUCAUGAUUUUAUUGAUAGAACUGGGUUUAAGUCGUUUCCGCAGGCUUUGAUGAAUGGGAUACCACUGGCUGAGGAUAAGAUGAACUUGGACGAUUUUGAGGAAAUGGUGUUGCAAGAAGUGAUGGCACAAACAAACCAAUUUCAAAAAGCGGUCUACAGAGGAAAACUGACAGAUAGUAAGAACGUGUUGGACUACAUUAUGGAGCAGCCCAACGUAAUGCCUCGUCUAAACGAUCGGGUAUUAAACAGCAAAAAAAGCUUUUAUUUGGAUAUGAGCGGCAUACCUGGAACAAUUAGCAACGUGCCCGCGUUAUUGCAAUUAAGCAAAACCGAUAUGACAGCCACCGCCAUUCAAAACUUAAAAUAUUUCACAGCCGGCAAAAAGGGUAGCAAAAAGUAUCAUUCGAUCACUUACUGGAUCGUGGGCGACUUGGACUGUCCAAUGGGGCGAAAACUGUUGUUAAAUGCGCUUUACCAUUUAAAAUCCGAAUUAGAUGUGAGAGUCACUUUCAUGCCAAAUGUCAAUGGAAAUAAGACAAAUUUACUAAACAAACUAGUUCUGGCCAUUUUGGAAGUUUUACCUUCGGAUAAGUCUUUGCCUUUGGUCGUUUCACUUUUGAAAGAACCUGAAAUAAUCGAAAAGCUUGAGGCAGGGAAUAAAAUGGAUAUUCCUUCAGAAGUAUGGUCGUUGGUAGACUCACAAGAACUUAAUCUAAAACUUCUUCGAGUCUAUUCUCAAAGUGUACUUCAGUUAAAAGAGAGCGAAAGAGCGGUUGUAGCCAAUGGCAGGGUCCUCGGGCCGUUUGAGGAAAACGAGGAUUUCACCGUUGAAGAUUUUUCACUUUUACAACGAUUCGGCAGCGCCACCUAUUUGGAAAAAGUUGAAAAAGCUUUUGAAGCUUUAGAAGACGACGACGAUGAUGCAUCGAUUACCAGCGAUGUAAUAAUGAAGCUCGAACCUCUUUUAUUAUCAAGAUCAUCUAGCAAAUCCCGUUUCGAUAUAACAUAUCAUUCAGACGAACAUUCUGUAGUUAAAGUGCCCCCUAAGCGACCGGAUUUAGUGGCGUUUGAUUUAGUUGCCGUCGUCGAUCCCGUAUCCCGGGGAGCUCAAAAAUUAGGCCCCGUUUUACAAGUGUUGCAUGAAGUUCUUAAUUGUAACAUAAGAGUUUUCUUAAACAGUGUGGAGAAAAACAGUGAUAUGCCAGUAAAAAGCUUUUACCGUUUCGUUUUGGAACCUGAACUGCAAUUUUCUGAUGAAGGGAAGCUUUUGCCCGGGCCCAUUGCGAAGUUUAAUAAUAUGCCAACCUCGCCGUUACUUACGCAGAAUUAUCAUGUGCCUGAAAACUGGUUGGUUGAAGUGGUACGGUCGGUUUAUGAUUUGGAUAACAUUAGGUUAGAAAAUGUUGAAAGUAACGUUCAUAGCGAAUAUGAAUUAGAAUAUCUUCUACUCGAGGGGCACUGUUUCGAACAAACAACCGGAAGUCCCCCGAGAGGUCUUCAAAUUACCUUAGGAACCGAAAAUCGACCGGUUAUAGUAGACACAAUAGUAAUGGCGAAUUUGGGUUACUUUCAACUUAAGGCCAACCCUGGCGCAUGGUUACUGCGACUGCGCCAGGGACGAAGUGCCGAUAUUUACGAUAUUGUUAGCCACGAUGGUACAGAUACACCUGCUAACUCAACUGACAUAAAAGUGCUCAUUAGUCAACUAAAAUCACAUAUAGUAAAAUUAAGGGUGCAGAAGAAGCCGGAUAAAUUCAAUAUGGACCUUUUGUCAGAGGAUGAUGAUAAUUCUGGCAUAUGGAACUCUAUUGCAAGGUUAAAAAUUAGUUUUAAUUUUGAGUUUUAUUUAUUGUCUUAUAUAUUGUUUAGUUCUUUUACUGGAUCAAAAGAAGAGGAACUUGAAGAGAAGCUUAACAUAUUUUCGGUGGCAUCCGGCCAUUUGUACGAACGUUUUUUGAAAAUAAUGAUGCUAUCGGUACUAAAACAUACUAAAACUCCGGUGAAAUUUUGGUUUUUGAAAAAUUACCUAUCACCCCAGAUCAAGGACUUUCUUCCAUAUAUGGCAAAAGAGUAUGGAUUCGAAUAUGAGCUAGUUCAGUACAAGUGGCCCAGGUGGCUUACACCACAAACCGAAAAGCAAAGAAUCAUUUGGGGUUAUAAAAUUCUAUUUUUAGAUGUGCUGUUUCCUUUAGAUGUUAAGAAGAUUAUUUUUGUCGAUGCUGAUCAGGUCGUUCGGACGGACCUAAAAGAACUCCGAGAUCUAGAUCUUGGCGGUGCCCCAUACGGUUACACACCAUUCUGCGACUCCAGAACCGAAAUGGACGGAUUCAGGUUCUGGAAACAGGGCUAUUGGAGGAACCAUCUUCAAGGGCGCAGAUACCAUAUUUCAGCACUGUAUGUAGUAGAUCUAAAACGAUUUAGAAGGAUAGCGGCUGGAGACCGACUCAGGGGUCAGUACCAAGCUUUAAGUCAAGAUCCAAACAGUUUGUCGAACUUGGAUCAGGAUUUACCGAAUAAUAUGAUCCAUCAAGUGGCUAUCAAAUCGUUGCCGCAGGAGUGGCUAUGGUGCGAGACCUGGUGCGAUGACGGUAGUAAAGCGAAAGCGAAAACUAUUGAUUUGUGUAACAAUCCAUUAACAAAAGAAGCCAAAUUAUCAGCGGCCAUGAGAAUAUUGCCCGAAUGGAAGGGAUAUGAUGACGAAAUCAGGGAGUUGCAAAAGAAAAUCGAUUCGGGAAUUUUGGACGAUGAUCCUGCACUGGAAUUUACUGGAACACAUGCUAGUAUAGAUAAAGAUGCGACUGAUACACACACGGAACUUUAGGCAAAUACAUGGAUUAGCUCAAUCAAUUUAUAUCAUUGUAAAAAAAAUUUGCUUUAUGUACAAUAAUGCCCUUCCCAUCCUUUUUCCCCUCCUAUGUUAUAGGCAAUAUAUUUUCCAAACUAUCUGUGAAGUAUUUGUAGGUUGUAAUUAUAAUUUUCAAUGUUAAGGAAAUGAUACUAUUAGGAGAAAAAAUAAACUUAAUAAUUAAAUUUA